CAGCCUAAGAUGGCCUGGGCUUACUGUCCUAUCCCCAGGGCUGGGAGCAGGUUUGCAGAGGUAGGGCAGCCUACAGGCCUCCGCUGAAGCGUGCUAAACGCGGCCUGGAAUGCUCGGAAGCUCUCUAUAGCAAAUGUGAGCGGUGUGUGGGCGAUGGUCUUUGCCUAGCCAGGUGAUGGGGCUCAAGUUCAGGGCCGGUUAAUGGAGACCAGGAUAUCUCGGACUGUUAAAGGCGGCCCAGGCUCCGGACUACAUUUCCCAGAGUGCACCGUUUCCAGGGCAACUUCCUGUCAGCGCUCUGCCCCUUUCGCGAUGAUAGGGAAAUAGGGGAACCUUUCACCAUCAAGGGACGGCAGGACUGGCUCUGCUUUCUCAGCACACUGCUUCACCAGGAGAAGAAUCAAAAGGAGGACUGGUGGACUUGAAAUGUUAAGUCAUGGCCCAUUUGAUGUUCAGGGACGUGGUUAUAGAUUUCUCUCAGGAGGAGUGGGAGGGCCUGGACCUGAAACAGAGGGAUUUAUAUAGAGAUGUGAUGUUGGAGAACUACAGCAACAUGGUUUCACUGGGUCUUUGCAUUUAUCAGCCAGAUGUGUUCUCUUCAUUGGAGAAAGGGAAAGAGCCCUGGAAGAUUUUGAGGAAUGAGACAAGAGGACGUUGCCCAGACAUGCGAUCCAAGUGUCCGAUCAAGAAGUUAUUACCAAAAAAUGGCAUUUUUGAGAGAGAAAUAGCCCAACUGGAAAUAAGGAAAAUUUGUAAAAAACACAGCCUUGAAUGUUUGUGUUUUAGAGGUGAUUGGGAAGGCAAUGUUCAGUUUCAGACACUACAAGAUAAUCAAGAGGAAUGUUUCAAGCAGGGGAUACUCACCUAUGUUAAAAUGCCCGCUUUUAACCAACACACAGCCUUUAAUCUACACCAGAGACUUAACACAGGAGACAAACUGAAUGAAUUUAAAGAAUUGGGGAAAGCCUUUAUUUCUUGCUCAGAUCGUACUCAACAUCAGUUAAUUCACACAAGUGAGAAAUUCUGUGAAGAUAAAGAAUGUGGAAAUACCUUUCUUCCUGAUUCAGAGGUUACUCAAUAUCAGACAGUUGACACUGUUAAAAAAGCAUAUGAAUGUAAAGAAUGUGGGAAGUCUUUUAGUUUACGUUCGAGUCUUACUGGUCAUAAGAGAAUUCAUACCGGAGAGAAACCUUUUAAAUGUAAGGAAUGUGGAAAGGCCUUUAGAUUUCAUUCACAACUUAGUGUCCAUAAGCGAAUUCAUACUGGUGAGAAAUCUUACGAAUGUAAGGAAUGUGGGAAGGCCUUUAGUUGUGGCUCAGAUCUUACUCGACAUCAGAGAAUUCAUACCGGUGAAAAACCCUAUGAAUGUAGUGAAUGUAGAAAGGCCUUUAGUCAGCGAUCGCAUCUUAUUAAACAUCAGAGAAUUCACACUGGUGAAAAACCUUAUGAAUGUAAGGAGUGUGGGAAAGCUUUUACUCGUGGGUCACACCUAACUCAGCAUCAGAGAAUUCAUACUGGUGAGAAAUUUCAUGAGUGUAAGGAAUGUGGAAAAGCCUUUAUUCGUGGUUCAAAUCUUGCUCAACAUCAGAAUGUUCAUGUUGGUAGGAAACCUUACAAAUGUGAGAAAUGUGGGAAAGCCUAUAUCUGGAGCUCACACCUUGCUCGACAUCAGCGAAUUCAUACUGGUAGGAAACCUUAUGAAUGUAAGCAAUGUGGGAAGACUUUUACUUGGGCUUCAUACCUUGCUCAACAUGAGAAAAUUCAUAAUGAGAGGAAAUCCUAUGAAUGUAAAGAAUGUGGAAAGACCUUUCCUCAUGGCUCAGAGUUUAAUCGACAUCAGAAAAUUCAUACUGGUGAGAGAAACUAUGAAUGUAAGGAAUGUGGAAAGACCUUUUUUCGUGGUUCAGAACUUAAUCGACAUCAGAAAAUUCAUACUGGAAAGAGGCCAUAUGAAUGUGAAGAAUGUGGAAAAGCCUUUCUCUGGGGCUCACAACUUACUCGACAUCAGAGAAUGCAUACUGGUGAGGAACCUUAUGUAUGUAAAGAAUGUGGGAAAUCUUUUAUCUGGGGUUCACAGCUUACACGACAUAGGAGAAUUCACACUGAUGGACAACCCUAUGGAUGCAAGAAAAGUAGCCACAUCUUUAGUCACCAUUCAUAUUUUGCUGAACAAAAAAUUGAUAAUGGUACAAAUCUCUGUGAAUGGACAGACUAUGGGAACACCUUUUGUCAUGAUUCAAACUUUGCUCAACACCAGAAUAUUUACACUUUUGAGAAAUCCUAUGAAUUUAAAGAUUUUGAGAAAGCAUUUUCUUCAAGCUCUCACUUCAUUUCACUCUUGUGACAUAUUAUUAUAUACAAGUGUAGGAAAGGCUUUA